UAGUGUCUAGUGCUGUGGAGUGGGGCUGGGUUUUAAUAAACGCCAACAUGAGACCUUCCAGGCCCAUUCUGUGGGCCACUCUUUUCUUCUGUCUAUGGACGUCGUCCCUGGCCGGAGUGAAGAAGCUUCGUCUGUCGUUGCCGACGAGCGAAACGAUAGCUGCAGUGGCCAGGGAGAUGGGUGCCGCGACAUUCCAGGAGUCUCUGGAGGAACAAGACCAGGAGCAGGACCAGGAACCGGCGGCUUCUGAGGGUCGGAGGGUGCAGAGGAAGCUGAUCACUGGAGGCGAGGACAUCGAGGACAACACGGAAUACCAGGAGUAUCAGGGGGUGAUGGGAAGACCAGGAGUGGACUUUCCAGUCUUACCAAGCAUCCCGACUACUGCAUUCAGCUGCAGAGCCGUCAAGAAGCCAGGCUACUACGCUGAUUUGGACACUGACUGCCAGGUGUUCCACAUUUGUGAUGGGGGGCGGAAGAUCUCGUUUUUGUGUCCAAACGGGACAAUCUUUCGACAGUCUCAUUUAAUCUGUGACUGGUGGUUCCGAGUGGACUGCGGCAAGUCGGUGGAAUUAUACGAGGAGAGCGCAGAGCAGUUGGCUGCGGAUCAAAGAGUCUACAAGCAGAGGGCGGAGGCGCUGGGACGGGCGGUCAACAAGGGGGAUCAGCAGGGAGAGACGUUGGCCACUCAGAGAGAGAUUGAGAGUUCAUCACCGAAGCCAGACACUCAUAUUGAUGCACCAUUCUUUGAAACUGCUAAGCUCAACUACAAAAAUAGACAGAGUGCAAGAAAGCAACAGGCCUCACAGCAAAUAAAGCAACUUGUGACUCCAGUUCCUGAAGUAGAGAAUAUCCAUUUUGAAGCCAAAAAUGUAAAUCAGCUGCAGUACAAGAACUCACAGGACACGAGGCCCAACAAGCCAGUUGACGAAGAAAACGAGCAACAGAUACUGUCUGAAACAGCCUCUUUCGCCAGCAGCAGAGGUAGCAAAUUUGGAAGGCAGUUUUAUCAGGAAAACUAUUUCACACCAAGUUCCCAGUUACAAAGUGGCUCCACUGAGCAGCGAAAUCAACCAAAUUAUCAGACAAAUGACAACGAUCUUCAAUUAAGCUCAAAGGCUCCACAACCUCAAACAAGUAUUAACCUUUUAUCCAGUAGUACUGUUUCAGAGAACUCUUUUAGCUUCCCAACAAGCACAGUUUCUUCUUUGUCUUCUGAAGGUUCAUUUCAAUCCAAUCCUGGCUCUUCUACUAAAUCAAACUCAGAACCUUCACCACCAAGAAAUUUCAGACCAAUUGGUCGUCUUUUGCCCACAUCGUCUCAAAAUAGUAAUUUAAGGCAAAGUUCAGGUAGAAAUAACUUUUUCAGAUCCAAUAAGCAAACUUCAACUACAAAAAAUGUGGCUACUUCAAAACAAACACCCUCCGGCGUUCCUAUUAACACCCCUAGUACACCAAGCCAAUCUGAGUUUAGUUCACCUCAAAGUAUGGACGUGAAUUCUGUGUCGCCCUCAUUUGUGCCACAGAAGAAUUUCAUUAGACCGAGUCCUGACCUUAUACCUCCAGAGCAAAGUCCAACAACAAGGCAGAAUGGAAGGCUUCAGGCUCAAGCAAACAUUUAUCAGAAUAGUAAGACUUAUGUUCAAUUUAAUAGAAAUAGAACUGCUACAACAUCAAAAAGCCUAGUGGUUGAAUCCUCAGUAAAUAGGUUUUCGUCACCUACGACGUUGCCCUCAAUACAAGAAACAACAGCCAGCCCUAGACAAAGGCAAAAACAACGUCGAUUUACAAGUACCACUCAAAAGCCUGUAUUUACUGCAAAAUUUAAACCGAGUAAGUCAUUUUCAUACGUAGAGCUAGAACGAUCAAAAACUUCUCAGGAAUCUGCAACCCAGCCAACUGAGUCUUCUUCAACUCUAGCGAGCUUUAGCCCGAUAAUAGAUAGUCGCAACAAAGUUGAAAAUGUGCAUUUUGGAUUGGAUGAAAACAUACAUGAACAAUUUUCCACAAGCAGCUACUCUACUUCAAAUACGCCUACUUCUGUUGCCAAUACAAAAGAAAGCAUUUCUACUUUCUCUACGUUGUCAUCGACUUCACCAUAUUCACCAACGAUACCAGAUCGUCCAGAUCAAUUUCCCUCCCAAAAACUAGUUACUAGAUUGGAACCAAAACAAACAACAUCAUCUGUUCCAAACAGCAACAAUGAUUCCCGCCUAGAUAAACUGGCAAGUUUUAGUAACAUUGAUCCAGCUGAGAUCAAUUUACUACCUUCUAACACAAAUAAAGGGACAAGAAGCAAAUUGAUGAUUCCUGAUUCUUCUGGACCUAAUGCACUUCAUACACUGGCUCUGUAUUAUGCUACAUCAGAGGCAGACUCAGGUACAACACCAGCAUAUAACGCUGAAGACACUUUUCCUCCACAAUCCACAGAAGAUUUUUAUAAUUUCUCAUCUACUGGCUCUGAGGAAUCAGACAGUAAAGUAAGAGAUAUAUUAAAAACACACCCUAAACAAGUUUCAAAAAUAUCAGAUGAAAUUUUGCUGAGAUCCCAUUCUGGUAGCCCAGAUAAUGAGACUGAAAUUGAUAAUGUUAAAUCCACUGUUGAUACUGAUGAUGCUGUCAAAGAUAUCUCGACAGUGUUGACAAAAGCUACAAAAGAUUCGUACGCCUCUCUUUUUAAUGACACGGAAAAGAAACAUUCACAUGGUGACGACAUGCCUUGUACUGGGGAUGAUAUAUAUGACCUAGAUGCUGGUAAAGAAGCAUUGACAGAGAAAAAUGAAGGUCUCAAAGAGGAUGUUCAAAAUGAUUUGGACAUUCAACAAAGUCGUGGUAUUGUUCAGCCAUUGUCGUCAACUAAAAAGCCUUUUAUCCCGCUUUCUUCAAAUGUAGAUGAUCUUCCUGAUGAGUUAAAAUUAAGAGAUUCCACUGACCUUAGAGAGUUGGCGCAGGUUUUUAGUAGAGCUUUGUCAGCAUAUCUAGAAGAUCCUGAUUCUUUUAGAAGGAUUUUAUCAGAGGUUCGUCCUACAGAACCUACGAGUGCAAGUGGUUCUGAUCUAACACAAAAUUUAGAAGAAAAUGAAGACGAAGUCCUAGACUUUUCUGAUGCAUCAAAUCGUGGUCCCAGGAUAAUUACAAAUAACCAACUACCUGUUCUAAAUCAGCAAUCUCAAAUAAACUCUUUAGAUAUAAAAGAAAUCAAUAGCCUUGCUCGUGAAAACUACACAACGGGACAAUCAACCGAUGCUAGUGUAAAAGCAGGAGCAGAAGAAAAUUCUGAAGGCCAAGCUUUCUCAACUGCUAAUCCUACCUCUUUAGCUGUUGAUAUAAACUACCUUUUGAGUAACAAUAAUAAUGUUACUUUUGAUUCUGUUACAGAAGAUUCAUAUUUACCAACAGUGGAGAUUGAAGAGGACAAAAGUAGGUGGGGUAGAUAUGGGGGAUUCCAUAAUAACUCUGUAGUUUCAGAAUACCAACCAUAUGGAUCUGAUGUAUCCAAUACUGUAACGGGAAGACCUAUAACCGAAACAACUUUUGUGACAGAAGGCUCGUCGUUUGACACUACAUUGGAUGAAGCGCAAAGUGAGUAUUUUACCAACAAAAAUGUUUCGACUGCUGCUUCAAACCAAAUUGAUAUAGAGUCUAUUCCUGAACAGUUGGGUAUUGUUCCUGCUCAAGAUAUCAAUGCACUAGUUGAGGACCAUAAUGACUGCAAUGACCCUUCACAUAAUCAUGGUGACCAUUUAAGUUCAGAUUCAAUAGAACACAAGCCGUUUCUUAUACAAACAGAAGAAGAAAUAUAUGGAAGAGGAACGGAUCAAGAAAAGGUACUCAUUGCGUCUGGAAGUCAGUCAUUUGUAUCAAGGGAUAACUACGUAAGAAUCUUAGGGGCAAAGCACGAAUUUGAUACAAAGAAUAGUGUUGCCUCGAAAGUUCAAAACGUAAAUGAAAAUAGUAUCAGACCGGUAGAACCAACAACUACAACUCAGAAGACUACAACUAUGAAAAGUAGAGGGUCCGUUCGAUUUGGUCCACCAUCAACUGCUGAUCGAUCUGACAUAUCAAGCUUUAGGAGGAGACCAAACAAGGAAAUAACAUUUCAAAAUGUAAACUUAGGAAAUGGUGUAACACUUGAAAGAACCAAAACUAUUCGUUACUCCACACCUGAAAUACAAAAUGUUCAACGUUCAACUACAUACUCCCCAGAUAUCAAUAUUAACCCAGUGUCAAUAAACGAGGGAUUAAGUCUUGUAUCUAAUGACGUGGUUUCAACAACUGAACAUCCACUGCAAGCAUCUGGAAGUACGAGAUCAAUAAUACGAGCUACAACUUAUCAUCCCAGUUCUUCUCUCAAACCAGAUUUACCAGAUGUUAUUCCUCCCCGAGGAUCACUUCGUAAUUCCUGGCAGUGGAAUGCAAGACCCUCUAGUAACGCAGAUAUUACUACCCCGGAGAGUUUGAUAAAUACUAUUCUUAACAAUGAAAACUUUGCAUCUUCUCCCCAAGACUUCUCCACCUUUGCAUCUACCCUUUUACCACCAAACGUAACUCUUGAAACGGCCAAAGAAGAAAUGCUCGAGAAAAAAGCAGAAGAAAUCUUUGGCAAAUUGAAUGAAACCAGUGCUAAUAUGCUAAUGAAUGUAAUGAACCAAGCUGAAUCUAAUACCACAGUAAGAAGGCUUGUUCUUCUGUUAGUGGCUGAUCGCAACGGAAAAGAAAAUAAAUCUUUUGAAGACUCAAGGAACCAGCUGAUACAAGCAUUGCUGAAGACAACUGCACCUGAACCUACAACAGCAGGGAUUACAGAAAGUACUCAAUACGAGGAUAAGAAGAGCACAACAAAAAAAUCUGGAAGAACACGAACCAGGUCUAGAGGUUCUUCAACAACUACAACACAAAGUAGUACCACUUCUCGGUCAAGAAAUCCAAAAUCCUACAGAGGAACGGACCCUGAUGUUAAAACAAUCACAAGUAAUGAUGCUUCAAACAAACCUGAGCCUCAGUUUUUAAGAUCUCCAAAUCUGUUUCCACAAAAUCCAUCAGCAUCUAGCUUUGGUUCGGAUCCUGACGCUCGCGCCGUUGAACUGCUCAAAUCCUUGUAUCACCUCGCUGCCAGAUGGGGGUAAGAACAUUGUAUCUCCUCAUUGGUACAAUAUUUGCUCACCUCGGGCCUGAGGCGUCGAUGGGAGAUGAGUCGGAACGAUCCAAGUAAGCCAAUCUCUCCAAGGUCAGGCUAGUCAACAACAAUCAUCAAGUCUUGGAUAUUCCCUGAUUACUGGAACUUCAACGAUGAAGUUUUACUGAUCAUGUAAUAUCCUAAUUGUAAAUAAUGAAACUGUGAAUAUUUAUGUUAGUAUUUGUUACCAAGCUCCCGCUCGCAAUGGUCAUAAAGUUCCCUUAUUAUUAUUUUAUUGUUUGUGUACCUAUCCUACUUAUACAUGAAGUGAUUUGUAUAUUUGUCUGAGCUAGAAAUGCUCCUUUACUCAGUAUUUGAACAACGAGAUGGUUUGACAAAGUCUCUUGUUAGCGAGUAACACCACUUGCGCACAUUUGUACUUUGUUCACAAUGAUUUCUUAUGACAAAAGCAUUGAAAGUAAACCUAGAUAAUAUAGGUAAGCCAAUUAUUGAGUUGUUACAAACCGUAACCCACUUAGUGCUUAUGUUUGGUUAAUUUAUGAUGUCCCGGUAAAGAAAGCUGUUAUUUUAAAUGCCAUUGUCUAUUUAAUAAUUUUUAAGUUGUAUGAAUGUCGAACGAGUGAAAUGAAGUGUUAUGUAAUAUAAAUAUGUAAUUAUU